AUGCCAGAUUCCACAGUGCCUGUAACCACGGAAGCUUCAUCUUCCACAGAAGUUAACUUGGUUGCAAACGAUCAGUUAAGUGAAGAGCUAAAAAAACCAAGAAGAGUGUUGAAAACCCAUCGAAAAAGCAUUGACGAAUCAAAAGAUUCAUCUUCAAAGCUUCUUUCAUCCCUCGAUGAAGAAGAAUUUUCUAUUACAACAGACAGCUUGAAGGAGAUGCUAAGUGUCCCGCAAAGAACUGAAAUUGUGAAAUUACAGAGUGAUAUGUGUGAGAAUAGAUCUAUACAAGAG